AUGUCAUUUCGAGGAAGAGGCGGAGGCCGAGGAGGUGGACGUGGCGGCGGUUUUCGAGGAGGUCGUGGUGGUGGUGAUCGCUCUUUUAAUCAAGGACCACCUGAUGAGGUUGUCGAAGUUGGAGAAUUUACUCACACUUGUGAAGAUGACAUCGUAUGCAAGUGCACAUGUGGCAAGAUCCCCUUUUUCAAUGCCGCUUUAUAUUUCAAAAGCAAAGAACAAGUCGGGAAAAUUGACGAAAUCUUCGGCAGUUUGUUGGAUAAUGGCUUUUCGGUUACUUUGGAUAAAGGUGUAAAAGCAACUUCAUUCAAAGAAGGUCAAAAGCUGUACAUUGAUCCAGCGAAGUUGAUGCCUAUAGAGAGGUUCCUUCCUGGAGCUGCUCGAGGGGGUCGCGGUAGAGGUGGACGUGGUAGAGGCGGCGAUCGAGGUCGAGGUCGUGGUGGAGAUCGUGGAGGUUUUCGAGGCGGACGAGGCUUCAGCAAUGAUAGAGGUGGAAGAGGUAAUCGCGGUGGUGGCGGUUUCGGAGGAGAUCGUGGCGGACGUGGAGGUCGCGGUGGAUUCAGCGGCCGUGGUGGUCGUGAUGGGUUUGGCGAUCGAGGACGUGGAGGAGAUAGAGGUGGUUUCAAACGAUCGUUUGAGGGAAAUGGAACACCUCAAAAUAAAAAAAUAAAGUUCGAAGAUUAG